AUGACAGACGGUAAAGAAAUGGUAAACAAUCGACGAUUUAUCUCUAAUUCAUUUCAUAAAUGCGAACUUUUUCUUCUAACUUUCAAUUUAUUUCCAUCGAUUCCUCCCACUACUGACGAACAUAAACUUCGUAAACAGCGUAUUUCUACAAGAUUGUUUAUUUCUCUUUUAACAAUAUCAUUAUCCAUUCUUCUUUUAUAUAAUUCAUUGAUCAAUAUUGCACAGACUAUUCAGGUGGAAAAACCAUCUCCUCAACAAUAUUUUCAACUUUAUCAUAAAUAUGGUCAAGCAUUAACAUGCGAUUGUACAGAAAUAUCUAUCAACUAUAAAAAAUUCAUUGAUAUUCAACAUACUUUACAUCAAGUAUGUCAAAGUGAUUUUGUCACACAAAAAUGGAUCAAUUAUCUUAACAUACCCUUUGGUGACGAUCUGGUAGAUGGCACGAACUUUCGAGUGGUAGGGUCAUUUAUAUUUCAAGUUUUAAAUACAUUAUGUUCCCUUGUGAAUGAGACAAUAUCAAAUCGUUUAACUCAAUUCUAUUCAAAUCAAUAUAUAAGUGCGUCUUUGAUACCAUCAGAUGUAUUGGAAUCUCAAACUAAAACAUUCAUUUCUCAAUUUAUAUCAUCAUCAAUUAACGACUUUUUAUUAUCAUUGAGUAUAAUGCGAAAUACCACGCAAAGCAAUGCUUUAGUUUCUGCACUAUUUACUAAUUUUAAGUUCGAAUAUGACUCAAAAUGGAAAUUCGUGGAUUCAUAUUCCCGUAUAUUUAGUGAAUGUGCAUGUGCUGCAUCAGCUAGAUGCGUUGUUGCAGCCACAAUCCCUGAUUUUUAUGAUACAAAACCACUUUUUUCAAUACCUGGUCUAUAUGUUGGAUGUUAUGCAAUUGAAGCAUUACUUCAAUCGAAUCUUCAAUGUUUUUAUGAUAAUAAUUGUGUAAAGAGAUUGAAAUCCUAUUUCACUGAAUCUAUACCAAUGAAUGUUACAGCUCUUAAUGUAUCGUUAUCUAAUCAUUUUCGGAUGAAUUCAACAAUUGAAAGUAUUCUUAAUGAAUUGAUGGUUGAAGAAUGGAAAUCAUCAACUACAUAUGAAAAAUAUUAUAAUGAAUGUCAACCAGCCAUAUGUAGUUAUACAGAGUUAGCAAAAAAUGGUGUAGUUUAUAUUGUAACCAUAGUAAUUGGAUUAAUUGGUGGUUUGAUUACUGUUCUGAAAAUUUUAGUACCCGGAUUAGUUACGUUUAUAAGCAAUAUGAAAAGGCGCCAAAGUACACGUAUUGGUAAGACAAGAAAUAGGUUUGCUAUGAUUAUCUAA